AGGUGCUUCAUUAAAUUAAAUUAUAGUUUACAUUGGUCAACACUGCGGUAAAUACAUUUGGCAACACUGUAAUAAACGCUGAGUCAGCUUUUACUACGAAGCAAAUUAGUUGACCUUUCACUGACGCCCAGGAACAAUGGCCGAACUAUGGACAAUGGUUGCCAUGGUACUCGUCAUGGUGGGUUGUUGCUCCAAUGUUAUUUUCCUCGAACAUUUAAUUCGCGCUUCAUCCAGCAGCGGCAAUAUGAUCGUUUUCUUUCAAUUUCUUUUCAUAUUCCUGGAAGGACUGGUGUUUCAUAACAAGUUUGGGAAAACUAAACGAAUUAUUCCGAUGAAGAAUUACCUCAUGAUGGUGGCGAUGCAUUUCACUGUCAACAUCACAAAUAUUAUGGCCCUCGAUUGCGACAUACCGAUGCCUCUACAUAUGAUAUUUAAAUCUGGUUCAUUGGUUGCCAACUUAUUAUUAGGCUGUAUUGUGAUGAAACAAAGAUAUCCACCGUCAAAAUUCGUGUCCGUUCUCUUCGUUUCUGUCGGGAUAUUUAUCUGCACGCUCGCCACGGGGAUGCACCAAGCACAAACAAGCAGCAUGGGUACUUCCCCUUUUACGAUAAUCCUCGGUGUUACGUUACUAACGUACGCACUGCUGAUGUCAGCACGACUCGGCAUAUACCAAGAGAGGUUGUUCCGACAAUACGGGAAGCAAUCUCGUGAAGCGAUGUUUUAUAACCACCUGAUACCCCUUCCGCUGUUCAUCUUCGUUGCCCCGACGAUCGUAACCAACAUAGAAAUCCUCAACGCCUCCCCCCCAUCACCCACCACUCACCUACCAAUAUUAUGGCAGCACAUGGUUAUGAACAUCGUCACGCAAUAUAUUUGUAUCCGAUGCAUCUUCUACCUCACAACAGUCACAACAUCACUGACGGUAACACUCCUCAUAACUUUGCGGAAGUUCGUUUCCAUCUUUAUCUCCGUCGUUUACUUCGGAAACCACUUCACAUCCUCGCACGUCAUCGGUGCGAUCUUUGUCUUCAUCGGAACGAUUCUUUACUCAGACAUUUCGAGCUGGAAACGAACCGGGAAAUCCCCAAACCCGGUAUCGACCAACGGCGUACACAAACUGAAAUCAAAUUAAUUUUAAUGUUUGAAAUCGCUGUAAAUGUUAAUUUUGUUUUUUCAAGAAUGUUUCGCUUAUAGAACACUUUCAAAAAUAUCAUCCUUUGUUGCUACCAGAUGUAAUGUAAAAAUACUUCUGGUGAGACAUUAUUUUUAUUUCACCGAAGUUUUAUCCGCCGUUUCAUAAGGUUUAUAAACGUCAUAAAAGUAACUUAUUUACCAGAAGAACUGUUUUAAACAGCCUUAUUCCUGGUAGCAACAUCCGGAGACAAUUAUUUUUCUAUCUGGCCGAUUCACCACCGCUGCUAUUCGUCUUCAACUUUUGUGCAAUUUUUGUUUUUAUAGAAAUUUUGCAGUAGACAAUUUAUUCCACAAGUAUAUUAUGACAUCAUAAUGUUUUAUUGUUAGAUAACAAUGGAUAUUUAACGUCACAAUGUGUGGUGCAUUGUUACUUCAACGCAUAUGAUUAUUACGUCAUAAAGAUCUGUUUGUAACAAUUUGUAGUGGCGAUGACGCAAUAAUUCGCCCUUUAACUGAAACAACUUACGUGCCCGUUUUCUUUUGCGCCAAAAUAUAGAACAUAGAAACAA